AUGUUACAAACGCACAACAAACACCAGAAGGCCCCAUAGUACAGCUUUAUUGUGAAUUGUCCGAGAUUACCCGUCUGUCCGAGAUAACCCGGAUUGCCCCUAUUUCAUGAUAACUGAGGGUCUAUCGGCCGUUGAAAUAUGAGAUCUGUCAUGCUUUACGGUUUGUCAUGUUGUAGAUUUGCAUUCACAAGGUCGACAAAUGCAAAACAAUGGACUGGUGUCAGUCGGCUUGUCUUAAUGGGAAAAUCCAGUGUAUAUUCACCAAAAACUGAGGAAAGACACUUUACAAUGUUAACGCGUGGUCGGUCUGGGUCACAGUGUUUAUUAAAUGCCUUGACGAAGAAAAUACAAUGUCAGUACGAAAACGACCAGGCAAAGGUUUGUCUGCCAAGGUUUCCAAUACUCGUACGAGGAUAUAAAAUACGACCAUUUCAACGUAAAACUUUAAAUGACGUUAGGUUCCAUGUUUUAAUGCCUGACUUUCCCUGUUUGAUCUUACCUUCCUUUCGGGACUUUCUGUACAUGUCAUCAAAGGCAAAUUUCAAGCCAUUCACGGGAGCGAAGAACACGACGGCUGCUACUGUGGAUAAGGAUUUUGUGUUUGAAGACUUUUUACUUAAUGCAAACAAGGGAUUAUUUACUGUAGCCAACUUACUAACAUGUAGAAAAGUAGCAGAAUUGGAAGAUAUCCUUACUCCAAAGGCGUACAGACAAGUACUACUUAACCAUGAAAAGCUGACAGCAGAACAUUACAGCGUCCUACGUUCCAUCCUCGCAAUGCAGAAAAAGCCAUCUGUUGUUUACAAAAUCCAUGACACUGAAGUUGAGGUGGAUGUGUCUAAGGAUGUGCCAGAGGUGUUGGUGAAGCUAAAGUUAAUAGUUAUGUUUCUCCAGAUUCAUAAUGAAAAGGAAAAAGGGACUACCUCGAAAGAAUCAGUGGGGAUCAUUGGAGGCUUUGAGAGGGUGUACACGUCUAAGCUGAAUGACUCCACGUGGUCCAAGGGUGAAGAGUUCGACAUGAAUAGGAUUGAGCAAACAGGUCUAGCUGCUCUAGACUUGAAAAGUGACGACUAUUGGCGAAUUAAUGGUAUCACAUUUGGUGUUAAGUCCAACAAUGACUUUAAACUCAGUUUCGUAUAAAGUGACAUAGAUGUUAAAAAAUGACCUGUGAAUCAACGGUAAAUGAUUGUAUUAGCAUGCCUGGUUCAAAGAAAUCAAUAGGAAUGCUUAGGAAAUACAACAAUAAUGAGUUCAGUAUGUGUUUCUUUUAUAUUCUUACAUGUUAUACUUGUUUACCAUGGUAAAAACACAGUGACAGAUGUUGUGCCAUGACUAUUUCUUGAUACCCAAGGGUUAUGCUCACUUUUGCUCUCUGCCUCCCUGUAAUAUGUUAAUGCAAAAAUGAAUGCACAUGGCUUGGUAUAUUUGAUUGGACUUGGGUAAAAAAAACCUGACCAGUCGCUAGGCUGAUACCUUUGAAGAUGACAGAGGAGCAACACUCUUAACUGUUUUGUGAACGAGAGAUUUGGUUGAUGUACAUCAAAUGAUCAAACUAGUUUUUACUGAGCCUUCAAUUUUGAUAUGACAUAUUCCAGGGGGGUAAAGAUAGAAAAUGAGCAUAACCCCUGGAGUAUCGAGGAUGUGCGUGCCAUGAGCUGCGUAGGUACAGCUAACUACCUGAGAAAUCUCAGCUCCAGCAUCAAUCAUCAACCACUGCUUUAAAAGAUGUUGAAUUAUUUUUUUAUGCAAAAAGAAGGUAAAUCUUAAAAAAUACAUUGGUUUAAUGACAAUAUUAAGAUUAUGUAUACAUUGUAUAUAUGGUUUAAUUCCUUGAAAGGAAGUCCUUAAUAAAGGAAA